AUGUAUAUUAUGCCAAAAACAAGAGUAUUCAUCAAUACAUGGGCAAUCCAAAGGGACCCUAAAAUAUGGGAGAGGGCAGAAGAGUUCCUCCCGGAGAGAUUCGAAGACAACCCGGUUGAUUUUAGAGGCCAAGACUUUGAACUCAUCCCAUUUGGAGUUGGGAGAUCGAAGGGGAUGCCCGGGAAUAAAAUUUGCCAAUUUGGUGUUGCUUCAGUUGAAUAUGUGGUCGCCAACCUCUUGUGUUGGUUUGAUUGGAAGUUGCCGAGUGGUAAUGUGCAGGAGGAGGACUUGGACAUGACUGAAAUUAGCGCUCUCACUGCAUCUAAAAAUAAUUAUCUGUUUUUCCUUGUUGAAAUCAGUGCAAGGGGAGUUCAACUUUGA